GCGAGGCCACGCCCCGGCGCCAUUUUGUUGGAGCGGAGCGCCAGGAUAGGGUUCCUGGCGGCUAGGGCUGCCCGGCGAGGCCGGAGCUCGAGCGAGGAGGGCCAGGGAGAGUCUGAGUUUGGCAAUGAAGACAGGAUCCAAAGGUUGCUGCUGUUGGGCAGAUCAACUAGGUGAAGAUACCAACACGAGUCCUUUGUGCUGGCUACUCAAGUUCAGCAGAAGGAUGCUAAUUCUGCGCUGCUUAGUAAUUAUGAGGUGUUCCAGUUACUAACUGAUCUUAAAGAGCAGCGUAAAGAAAGUGGAAAGAAUAAGCACAGUUCUGGGCAACAGAACUUGAAUACUAUCACCUAUGAAACAUUAAAAUACAUAUCAAAAACACCAUGCAAGCACCAGAGUCCUGAGAUUGUCAGAGAAUUUCUCACAGCAAUGAAAAGCCACAAGUUGACCAAAGCUGAAAAGCUUCAGCUGCUGAAUCACAGGCCUAUGACUGCUGUUGAGAUCCAGCUGAUGGUAGAAGAGAGUGAGGAGCGGCUCACGGAGGAGCAGAUCGAGGCUCUCCUCCACACAGUCACAAGCAUUCUGCCUGCGGGGCCAGAGGCUGAACAGAAGAAAACUACCGACGACGUGGCAAUGGAUGAAGAGGACCCAGCAUAGAAGCACAGCUGACCAGGUGUCUCACAGAGCUGAAAGGCACAGCAGCCAUUUCCAGGACCUUCAGAGAAUUGUUUAUUUGGAUUUACCCUCUAUUCCAACAGGCCUGAUUUCAUGGUUAGUUGGGUAAAUCACAAAAAUAAGCUUUUCUCAGAAAUAAGCUUAAAAGGAAGACUUGUGUCUCCAGGAGGAGAAAUGAUAAAGACAGGCUAAGCCAGGGCAGAGAGCUAAAGAGGGGAGGGCAAAGUCAAGGAUGAUAAUGACUAGAGCUUUCUGUGGUAAAAAUAUUUUCCCUGUGGCCUUUGCCUGAGCUGUGGGGAGGUCUGUGUCCGCAGCUGGUAAAAUGCUCCUAUUUCCUUUCCUGUUGUCUUAAUUAGUUUCAUCUGCUUUCUGUAGCAGCUUCCUAAGCAGGGGCUUAGAGCGUUGUUGGGAGCAGAGCUGGAUUGUGAGAAUCUGAUUAGAUGGCUAAGAUCUCCCAGAGCAGCAAAUAGCUGCUCUGGGUUAAAAUGAGCCGUUGUACUUGGCUCAACUCAGAGGAAUUUCAUCCUAGAGAGCAGUGCAGAUAAGAAUAGAACGAGCCUGGCCAGCCCUUCACGUCUGAAGGCUCCUUUCCUCUGCUGGCACAGUCCUUGUUUACUGGCCCACUACUUAGUCUUAGGUGUUAGGGCCCCAACUCAUUAUGGUUGAAAAGAAACACUUCAGAUUGAAAGACAGUGUCAACAUAUUUACUUGGUGCAAUGAUGGAUGCCUUCUGACAACCCUUAAUUUGUUGUCCUGAAGUAGGAGCUCUGAGCAGGGACCUGUUGCCGCCAGGUGAAAUUCAUUUUUACACAGAGCAGAUCGUUUGGACAUUAAACAGAGGGUGAAAUUAUGUAACCCUUUUCAUGGGCAGAAUAUGUUAGAACUGAGUUUGAGUAAUAAUUUGAAUUUGCUGGCUAUUGCAAGGUUGCUUCAGUCUUUAAAUUUAAAAUUUUAUGAUAAUUAACAGGUUAAUAUUCAGACUUUGGAAAGUUUGGUAGCUCGAGGCAUUUGGUUGCCUUAGGUCCUGGAAAUACUUUUAAAAAAUCUGAUUUCCCAUGUUCAUUCUUUUCCUUUUUGGGGGAAGAAAAUGGACAUAGACAUCAGUUUUCCAAAUUAGUAGUCAUUUUGUUGUAAGGUUAUACAUUUUCAGUGCUAACCUCAUCAUCUAAGAAUGGACCGAAAUUUGCUCACAGGAAACAUGGAAAUUAAUGGGGGGGGGGGUGUUACUUUUAACUCUCAAAGAUUGAAAUUUGACUUAGUGGUUUAUCUGUCAAGGCAUACAUGUGCCUUUGUCAGUGUUGUCUCAUUUUAACCUAAGGUGUGUUAGGUGCUUUCUCUGAAUGUAUUUAGGACGUAAUCUAGUUAAUAAUAGUUUCCAGCUUGAGAAGUUAAGUCUUUGAAGAGUUUAUUUUGCCAUGAAUAGAGAGAAAUAAAGUGAAAUUUAAUUACAGGCUGAAAUGUAUGAUCUUUUAAAAAGGUUGAAUCUGUUUAGAUCUAAAUUCUGUAUUGGAUUUCAAGAAAAUUUUAAGUUUCUGUAUUUGAGACCUGAAUUUAGCCUCAGUUUCUGGUUGAGUUAGGCAGGCUCUAGGAGACUUAACCAUUGUAAGAAAGGUAUAUUCUGUGUAAUAGUGUGUCCUGUUAAUAAUAAGCAUUUCAUAAAUAAACACUCAGAAUUUACCAAAGAAACCUAACCAGGAUCAUAUCACAUCAGGAGAUCAUACCACAAGUCUGGGAAGCCUUUUGCUUUUGAUUUUAUAUACUCCUAUACUGCUUCAAUUUUUGACCAUGUGAAUGUUUCAUUCUUUAAAAAAAAACAGUUGUGUACUUUUGCAUAUUGUCCUUGGCCUCUAAGUGAUUGCUGAAUUUUUUUUUUAAAUCUUCAUUUUAUUGAGAUACAUUCACAUACCAUGCAGUCAUACAAAACAAAUCGUACAUUCAAUUGUUCACAGUACCAUUACAUAGUUGUACAUUCAUCACCUAA